AUGGAACAACCGGGCUCAGUUCUUAGUGUUCGACUCACUCAGAUCGACUCUCAUGUUUCCCACUCGGGUACACUUGAUAGCACCCCACUUCUUCGAGCCCCGGUUAUCCGCAUCUUUGGCAAGGCCUCGACAGGAGCCAAUUGUUGUCUUCACUUGCAUCAGAUAUAUCCCUAUUUCUAUGUGGAGUAUACAGAAGACAUGAGCCCGGAAUGCGUCAAGCAAUACAUCUCCCGGCUCAGUCGGGCUCUUGACCACGCUAUUGCGAUAUCCUUAAAACGCGAUCCAACGGCGCCAACGUCUCGCUACGUUCGUUCCGCGGUACUAGUCAAGGGUGUUCACUUCUACGGCUAUCACCACUCGUACUCGCCCUUUCUCAAGAUCCACAUAGUCGACCCGACCAUUGUCAGUCGAGCGGUGGCCAUCCUUCAGUCAGGAUCAGUCAUGGCGACACGAUUUCACACGUUUGAGAGCCAUAUCAACUAUAUCUUGCAGUUCUUAUGCGACUUCGGACUGUACGGAUGCGGCUGGAUAGACUUGUCAGAAGUAUGCAUACGGACCGCAGAUGAUACUUCGCCGUCCACACCUUUCCGAACCUCCCCUUACUUCCGUCAGACGCGAAUGAGCUUGGAACUUGAUGCUAUUGCUCCCCAUAUCAUGAAUCGAAACAAUCUUAGUGGUCGCAAGAUUCACCACACAUUCAAGAUCCCCGCCGAUCCUCUUCCUUCAGAUCCAUUUGUGCAAAGCGUGCGGGAGCUUUGGGAUGACGAGCGUCAGCGACGCGCCGCUGCUGGGCUACCUGCAAGCCCCCCGACCCCUCUAGAUCCUAGUCGUGACUCCCGUGGCGAAGGCGGGGGCUGGGCAGCUGAAGCUCGCUACUGGGACGACAUUCGCGCGCGUAUCCAGGGAGAAGGCGAUAGCAACUAUCAACCGAAGGAUGUUGCGUGGUCCAUCUGGCUGAUGACUACCUUCGAAAGCGUCGAGGCCGUCUGGUCCGACGAGCAUAAGACGUGGCGGCCGGAUCCUGACCCUGCCCAAGGGACCCAGCCGCGUGUUAACCCGUACGAAACUGUCGCGGGAAUCAGCCAACACCUUGCUCCCGACUUUGACAAGCCGCCUGGGCAGGACGUCGACACGACACUACUAUCUAGUCAGGAUAUGUCGCUUCUGAUUGAGCAAGAAGAAGCCGAGUAUGAUCGUGCUCUGGUGCCAUUUGAUCUUGACGACAGGGAAGAUGAAGAGGAUGGUGACGAGUUUGCGGACGACUAUGCUACUGCGCCACCCUCUCAGCCCCAUGCAUCCCAGCACUCCCCGAUCAUGGCUGGCACUCCGCGGACGCCUCGAAGGCGAAUCAAUGCCUCGCCUCGCCGAACGACCAUGUCGACUAAGACUCGUGAAAGAGUCAGUCGCUUCACCGAUGCCUUUCGUCGAGUUGCGGGCCCUGGAUUUCAUGGUUCCCCGUCGGUGGCGGAUGGAUACCCAUCCCCGAUAACGACCCCUCAUAGUCGUGACGACGAGGCGACACCCACGGCUAUCAUCCGUUCCGACGACGCCCCGGCCUUCACGUCUUAUAUGUUGCCUGAUGCCAUCGAAGUGCAUGAAGAAAACGUUGGCUUAUGGCAGGCUCUCAGCUCUGCUCAUAAAAGAAAACUUCUGCGGUUUGCUCCUGAUGACGACUCGGAUCAACUCUUCUUUCUUCAAGAUGAAUCAUCUUCCAGAUCUACUCAUCUCGCGCAAGGGCCCGGGAGGCCAAGGAAAAGAAUGCGGUUCAACGAAGACAGCAUGGCCGUCCAGGCGCCUUCAUUCAUCAAUGAAGCGCGUAAACGCCGGAUACGGCAUACGCAGCGUCCGCAGGAGUCCAUGGCGUUAGCCAACCGAUAUUCCAUGAACACCUACACAUACGCACACCAUCCGCCCUCUAUCGCAGAGCUUGUCGCCUCUAUGUCCACACGUAAAGUACCAGAGAAGCUCUACCGGGAACCUUAUUAUUCGAAGGCCGAAGACGCCAGUGAACGCCCGUGGGAGUUCGCCGGACUCACCUAUCAUCUCAAAGGUGGCAACGGUCUCAACACCCUAGGCGACUGGAACGGGUCUACAGGAGCUUCACAAAAUGACACCGACCCCUUUCGUGCCUUUCUUUACGAUGACGGCGUAAGUGGCUGGGAGUAUGCACCCCUCCCACCUUCAUCGCGAGAGGUCGAGAGAUGGCUGUCCAAGGAGAGUUCCUCGUCAACGUCCACCAGGCCUUCAUCCGCUCAGUCCCAGAUUGACGGCCCUACCCUUCACGCAUAUGGACUCAAGCAUACCCCAAACAUCAACGUAGGGAAGAGUAUACGUGAUAAACAACCUAUGACAGUAUUCGCCUUGGAAAUAUUUGCGCCUUCUCGGGAAUCACUUGUUCCUAACCCUGAUGUAGACCGGGCUGCCGCUGCUUUCUGGUCAUUUCAGUCCGACGAGUCUGUGGAACCGUCCUCCUAUAGCAGAGGCGCUUUCUGGACUAGCGAUGUCUUGACGCCUGUAGACAGGCUAGGUGAUCCCCAUCUAAUGUCGGUCUCUGACGAGCUUGAGCUCUUGAACUCGAUCAUCGAUCUAGUGCUAGAGUUGGACCCUGACAUGGUAGUCGGUUGGGAGAUUCAAGCCUCAUCAUGGGGUUUUUUGAAUGCUCGGGCACUUUCAUAUGGGAUGGAUCUCGGCGGGGAGAUAUCACGCGCACCAGGUAGGACCACAACAGGCGGCGUUGAUCGCUGGGGGGAGCGCAAGACAUCCACGUUCCGUGUUGUCGGCCGCCACGUCCUGAAUGUAUGGCGUAUCAUGCGAACAGAGUUGACACUGCCAUCUUACACCUUCGAGAAUACAGCCUUUCAUCUAUUGCAACGACGAUCGCCGAAAUAUGAUCCGUCGGUCCUCACGGAAUGGUACAAGAGUGGAAAUGUCUCGCAUAACGUCGCACUCGUUCGGCAUAUGUCUAGGAAGACCGCGCUGGUCCUCGAGAUGCUCGAGGCCGCGGAAAUUGUGACCAAGACGGCCGAAUUUGCCCGCGUCUUUGGAGUGGACUUUUUCUCUGUCCUGAGUCGUGGGUCUCAAUUCAAGGUCGAGUCCUUCAUGUUCCGCAUCGCCAAGCCCGAAAGCUUCGUUUUGCUGACGCCAAGCAAGCGCGACGUCGGGGCUCAGAAUGCGGCCGAGUGCAUUCCCCUCAUCAUGGAACCUCUAGCAGCGUUCUAUACCAGCCCGCUAGUUGUUCUUGACUUUCAGUCCCUUUACCCAUCUGUGAUGAUCGCCUAUAACUACUGUUAUUCGACGUGCCUAGGACGACCAUUGCCCUUCAAGGGACAGUACAAGCUUGGAGUCACAGAAGUCAAACAGCCUGAGGGUCUUCUUCGGCUCUUGGAGAAGCAUAUCAAUGUUGCGCCCAAUGGCAUCAUGUACGUGCGAGAUCACGUUCGGAAGGGGUUGCUCGCGCGCAUGCUCACGGAACUGCUGGAUACGCGAGUUAUGGUGAAACAAUCCAUGAAGACGUGGAAAACAGACAGGGCUUUACGACGUGUUCUCAAUGCACGACAGCUGGGUCUGAAGUACAUCGCGAAUGUUACCUACGGCUAUACCAGCGCAUCAUUUUCCGGUCGUAUGCCGCUCGUCGAGAUUGCUGAUAGCAUAGUGCAAACUGGACGCGAAACCUUGGAAAAGGCCAUAGAUCUCAUUGAGGCGACGGCUGAAUGGGGAGGUCGGGUUGUCUAUGGUGAUACGGAUUCUCUGUUUGUUUACUUGCCCAACAAAACGAAGGAGCAGGCUUUUCGUCUUGGCCACGAGAUCGCAGAGGCUGUCACAAAGAGAAAUCCGGUUCCUAUCAAGCUCAAGUUUGAGAAGGUGUAUCUGCCUUGCGUAUUAAUGGCUAAGAAACGUUAUGUUGGCGCCAUGUGGGAGACGCCUGAUGUCCAAGAGCCAUCUUUCGAUGCAAAGGGUAUCGAAACUGUCCGAAGAGAUGGCAUUCCGGCGCAACAGAAAAUGGUCGAGACGACUCUGAAGAUGCUCUUCAGAUCCCAGGAUCUCAGCGAGAUCAAGACAUACUGCCAGCGCUCAUGGGAAAAAAUAAUGGAGAACAGAGUGUCGAUUCAAGACUUUACCUUCGCGCGCGAGGUUCGCUUGGGAACGUACAGUGAUAAGAUACCGCCGCCACCGGGUGCAGCCGUCGCGGCUCAGCGCAUGGCUCUUGACCCGUCUAACGAACCGCAAUACGGUGAAAGGGUCCCCUACGUCAUCGCACAAGGCGAGCUUGGGUCAAGACUCGUUGAUCGCGCGGUCGCUCCUGAGGACAUGUUAGAUUCGAAGACAGCCAGGAUUGAUGGGAUGUACUACAUCUCCCGCGUACUCAUCCCCCCGCUUGAGCGCAUAUUCAAUCUCGUUGGGGCGGAUGUCAGAACGGGAACCGCGACGUCGCCAGAUAAGCAAGAUCCAAGUAGCUCUCAGGAUCUGGAUAGUACCAAGUUAGAGGCUCAUCCGAUGAAUCGCUGUACCGCAUGCGGCGAGGCAUGCAUAGACCCAGGGAUAUGCGAUGAUUGCUUUGCAGACCCUGCGAAUACCAUGACAGGCGCAUUGGGCCGUCGACAUGCCGUCGAUGAGCGUUUCAAGGCUGUGAUGGCCGUGUGUAUCUCGUGUGCGCAACUGCCGCACGCGUCAGAAGGCGUGCCAUGCGUAUCGUUGGACUGCGCGUGGCUUUUCGAACGUACCAAGGCUGAAAGACUUCAGCAGGAGGUUACUGCUCUGGAAGAGCAGAUGGAGGAAGGAGGGCUGUCAGUGCGCGUAUGA